AUUCCUACAUAUCUUGAAUCAUAAAUUUAAUAAAGCCCAAAGUAUAAGACACGUCCAAAAAAUACUUUAUAAAGAAUUGAAAGGAACCAGCUACCGAUCUGAAUCUGCUGUCAAAACGUCUCCUCCCUCCACCUACUUUAAAUACCCCCAUCUCCACUUCCCACUCAAACCAACCUUUAAUUCUCUCUCAAUCAAUAAUUUCACCUUCCCCAUACAAAGUGGAAAAGGGUUUAUUUUUUAUUCUGAGUAAUCAAGACUUGCCAUGGAUACUCGUGCUUAUGUGUUGGUGAUUAGCAUGUUGAUGCCCAUCUUUUUGGCUUCCUUCCUCUCUGCAGACCCCGACUUGCUUCAAGAUGUCUGUGUUGCAGAUCUUGCCUCAGAUUUAAAACUGAAUGGAUUCCCGUGCAAAAGCAACAUAACAGCCGACGAUUUCUUCUUUCCGGGGUUAGCUAAGGCGGCGCUUACCAACAACACAUUCGGCGCAACCGUUACACCAGCCUCCGUCACCCAACUCCCGGGGCUAAACACCCUUGGCGUGUCGAUGGCUCGUAUUGACUACGCACCAGGCGGCCUGAACCCACCGCACACCCACCCGAGAGCCACCGAGAUAGUGUUUGUGUUGACCGGAGAACUGGACGUGGGAUUCAUAACUACAGCAAACAAACUAUUCACCAAGACCAUAAAGAUGGGAGAAGUCUUCGUAUUCCCCAGAGGCUUACUUCAUUUCCAGAUAAACAAUGGUAAAGUUCCAGCCGCUGUUAUUGCUGGCUUCAACAGCCAGUUGCCGGGCACCCAAAGGGCGGCAGACGCUUUGUUUGGGUCGUCUCCGACGGUGGAGGAUGAUGUGUUGACUAAGGCAUUCCAAGUUGGAACCAAACAGGUGGAGAAGAUCAAAUCGAGAUUUGCUCCCAAGAAAUAGAAAAUGUCAUUUUGUAAUUACCAGUAUGCUGAAGAGGUUGGUUAAACCACCCGACCAAUAAUGAACCGGAUAGCAGGAAAUAAUCUUGUUGAACCACAAUUGCUAAUUACUCCAUUUUCUUUUGAUUGGCCGAAUUAUAAAGGUGUAUAUUCUACCUCGGACCAUUUUAAUAUUGUAAUAUUUUUAGUUUUUUUUUUUUUACGCA